ACCAUCUUCAUAUCAACCUUGGGAUUUCUCCACGACUACUACCAGAUCACCUAUCUCUGCGACGAUGGUUCUGAAAAUGCGUUACGGCACUGCUGCAGAUUGGAUCCCGAAGAGCUCCGCGCGUCACCAGAUGUGGACGUCGUCAUGGUAAUGAGCAACUAUGAAGAUCACGUCCAUCACACCACGUUGGCUUUGGGGCACAACAAAUAUGUCAUGGUCGAAAAGCCUAUGGCCAUGAGCCUGCAAGAUGCCGACACCAUCAUCGCCGCCGAGCAGAGUUCCACUGGCAAAGUCUUCGUGGGUUACAUUCGUAGGCAUGCUCCCGCAUUCCUCGCUGCUCUCGACGAGGUUGGCGGCAUGGACAAGAUUCAGUACGUCCGGAUAAGAAGUAGCAUGCCAUACAUAUAUCCGUGCAACACAGACAUCAUCGGGCCCGAUCCAACCUUCGUCUCUCAGAGCUGCACAUUCCCCAAGAACUUCACGAAGGCAUGGGACCUUCUCGGUGGGCUGGGUCGCCAUGAUCUUUCCGCAAUGAGAGAAGUACUGGGGGUGCCUUCGUCUGUGCUCGGCGUGUCCAUAGGACACCGCAUUCGUUGCAUUACGAGAAUACUUUGGCUGCAAUUGCAGCUGGAAAGCAUGUCUUAUGUGAGAAACCUCUGGCUAUCAAUGCGAAGCAAGCAGAGUCACUCAUCAAAGCGGCGACACAAAGAAAUGUACAGAAUGAAAGUUUCUGACACGGGGGUUUGGACUCGGUUUUUCCCUAUUGUUUCCGCCUUGAAGGAUAUCAUCCACCAUGAGAAGAGAAUUGGCGAUGUCUAUCGAGUCUUCAUAGACAACAGCUCAUACAUGCCGAUCAGUUCUUUACCCGCAGAUUCGCGACUAAGAGACCUCUCUAAAGGCGCGGGAGCUCUCCUCGACAUCGGUAUUUACACGUUAACUUGGGCUGCAAUUGUUCUCGAUCAGCACCCCGAGAAUGGCCCUUCGGAGCCAGUAGCGGUAUCAAGCGCCAUGACACUGAUGCAUGGCGUCGACGAGGCCACUUCAACAGUUCUAAACUACCCAUCUUUGAAAGCGCAUGCCAUUUGCACCACGACUAUGUUGCGAAAAUUCGAACCCAUAUUCGGGCGCAUCGAGGGCUCCAACGGUACUGUGCUUAUUGGCGGCAAUGGCGCAUCAAAGCCCAUGUAUUUGGUUGUCCAAGAAACAGGUAAGGUCGAAGAGAGGUUAGACUUUCCGGUUCCGCCAAAGAGCGGGUUCUUUCAUGAACAGGAUGCCAUUGCCAAAGACCUCAGCGAGGGAAGAACGGAAAGCAGCGUGAUGCCGCUUGCCGAAUCCUUGAGGAUAAUGCAGUUGAUGGACUCUGUUAGAUACUCAAAUGGGCAUAGCUACCCUCAGGACGAGUAA